AUCAACUCAACCUUAGCAAUGCAAGCAAUCAAGUGUGUAGUGGUGGGUGAUGGCGCUGUCGGUAAAACUUGCCUCUUGAUCUCUUACACGACCAAUGCUUUUCCUGGAGAGUACAUCCCAACUGUGUUCGACAACUACAGUGCCAAUGUCAUGGUGGAUGGGCGCCCUAUCAACCUAGGUCUGUGGGAUACGGCGGGCCAGGAGGACUAUGACAGGUUGAGACCUUUGUCUUACCCACAAACUGACGUUUUCUUGAUCUGUUUCUCAGUCAUCUCUCCAGCUUCUUAUGAGAACGUCAAGGCAAAGUGGUAUCCUGAGGUUACUCACCACUGCCCAAAUGCUCCCAUUAUUCUGGUGGGAACUAAACUGGAUCUCCGUGACGACAGGGACACCAUUGAGGGAUUAAAACAGAAAAGAUUAAGUCCUAUUACUUACACCCAGGGUUUAAAUAUGGCUAAAGACAUCCGUGCUGUAAGAUAUUUGGAAUGCUCAGCCCUCACCCAGAAAGGACUGAAGAGCGUGUUUGACGAAGCUAUAAGAGCAGUUCUCAUCCCAAGACAGCCAAGAAAGAAAGACAAAGGGAAAUGUGCUUUACUUUGAACUGAAACUAAAUGUGAACCGCGUCCGGGAACCUACGCACGGUAGUCCGGGAGACUUAGUAGAUCUAGCUCAUCACAAUGAAUAUUAGAAUUUUUACAAAUUUUACUUUAUUUGAUACCUCAACUACAAAAUUGUUUGUAAAAUUUGAUAUCAUCAUUUAUUAAGCAAUUUCAUCAUUUUUUGGAGAUCUUGUCGAAGCAAUGGUACUUUUACCCACAAGCUUAUUGUUGUCGGCAUAUUUAUGGAUAACAUCACAUUUAUACAGUAUUUUGUGCCACAAAAUGUGAUUUGUUUACAGUCCUUAACUUUAUUCUGGUAUGUACAGAUAACUGGGCGAGUAUAAGAUAUCAUUAUAUAUAUCUGGUUGUAUCUGGAUUCUCGGUAUUAUGGUGUACCUUCUUAGAUUCUGCAGAUUAUAAAGGACUUUUCUGAAAUGUGCAAAUUAUAAUUCUACAAAAUAUCAUAAUAUGAACUCCAAUUUUCAAAUAUAUGCUGCUAUAACCUUCAGUUAAAAAUGAUAUGUUGGGAACCAUUUUGGCCAGGGGUCAAUAACAAACCCAAUGUCUCUCUAAAACGGUAAAACGGUGCAACAGCCACGAACAGUAGCCUAGUAAUGAUUUCCGCUCAAAAUAGCCAUUCAUAGUUUAUCAAUUUGUUAGACAAAAGCGAAAUUGGCAAGCCAAGAGUAAAUCGCGGUAUAAUAUAAUGAUUUAUUUAAUAUUAUAAUGUUGAAUUUCGAGGUCUAUUGGUGAUAUAUAACAUACAGUAUUAAAUUUAAAUAUAUAAUAGAGUUUUCGGUGUAGCUUAGUUGCUUUGAAUGCAUUAUUAAUAUAACUGAGACGUCUAUGAAAAACAGUAGCUUAGUAAGUUUUGAAAUUUUUGUUAGAUCUUUUGCAUGAUGUGUUUGUAAGUGUGGACUAUUGAAUUUGUGCGGUUGCCAUGGUAACAAUGUUUAACGGUGGACCAUAUCUUUUUGAGAGGCUAAUUUAUAAUAUCUACAGUGAUCUGCCAAAAUCUGUUGUUUGAAAGCGAGGUUCGCUUCACACAUACCUUUCACGUGUUACUCAAUGUUUAUAUCAUAUUCUUUUGCUUUAAUAAUAAUAC